AUGGUCUGCCUGAAGAUGCAACGAUAUUUAACCUGUACUCUGCACCGGCUGCAGAAAGGACCAGGUUACACCUAUACAGAACUCCUGGUCUGGUACUGUGAGAAUACCAACACACAUGGACCCAAGCGCAUUGUAACUGAGGGACCCAAGAAGCGGAUGAUGUGGUUCAUUCUGACUCUGGUAUUUACAGGGCUGGUCUGUUGGCAGUGGGUGAUCCUAAUUCAGAGUUACCUAUCCUGGGAGGUCAGCAUGAACCUGAGGACUGGUUUCAAAGCAAUGAACUUCCCUGCUGUCACCAUCUGUAACACCAACCCUUUCAGGUACACAAGGUCCAAGCAGUUGUUGCAGCAUUUGGACAAGUUUGCCAAACUUGCACUUGAACAUAUUUACAGUUAUGACCAGAAUGGAACAAUUCCAGCUGUACUCCCACCAUCACAGACAAACUGGAGCAAGGUAGCCUCACUUGUGAUCAUUGAAACAAAUGAACAGGGUGUGGAGACUGUGUUACACAUCCUGGGAUCUGAUCAAAAUCAAACUCACUCAGCAGCUUGGAACCGGUCACAGCUGGGGUCCUUCAAAGUGGCACUGCAACUGUGUGAUCAGAACAGGUCAAGCUGUAUAUACAGAAACUUCAGCACAGCACUAGAGGCAAUGAAUGAGUGGUACUCCUUGCAUUACAUGAGCAUCAUGUCCAACAUGCCUCGAACAGACCGCUUGAUGAUGGGCGAGCAGGGACAGGAUUUCAUUCUGGCUUGUGUUUUCGGUGGACAGCCCUGUAACCUUGAAAACUUCACACAGCUGAUGCAUCCAACGUAUGGCAACUGUUACAUCUUCAACUGGGGUUCGGAGAUAGAGCCGCUAGUAACAUCCAAUCCUGGUGCAGAGUUUGGGCUGAAGCUGGUGCUAGAUAUCUCUGAGGAGGAUUACAACCCCUUUCUCUCCAUUGCAGCUGGAGCCACGUUCAUGCUGCACCAGCAGAACACUUUCCCCUUCCUCCAGGAUCUGGGGCUGUAUGCCAUGGCUGGCACAGAGACCUCCAUAGGCAUAUUUGUGGACGAAAUAGUACGUCUGGGUGGUUCCUAUAGUCACUGUACAUUUGAUGGUUCAGAUGUGGAUGUGAAGACUCUUUACAAUACCACCUAUACAAUGCAGACCUGUCUGCGGUCCUGUCUCCAGGAUCAUAUGGUGAAGUUCUGUGGGUGUGGACAUCACAACUACCCUUUACCAGAAGGGGAAUAUUACUGUAAUAAUGAGGAUCAUCCAAACUGGGGUUACUGUUAUUACCACCUGAAACAGCAAAUAGAAGCUGAACAUUCAGACUGCCUGGAGAGCUGCAAGCAGCCCUGCAAUGAGACCCAGUACAGACUGACCAUGUCUAUGGCUGAUUGGCCAUCCGAGUCCUCUGAGGAUUGGAUUUACCACAUCUUAUCGUAUGAAAGGGAUUCCUCAGCUGCUGUUACUGUUAACAGAAGAAACAUCCUGAAAUUAAACUUUUACUUCCAAGAGAUUAAUUACAGGACAAUACAGGAGGACCCGGCCCUAACAAUCGAUUGGCUUCUAUCUAAACUCGGUGGCCAGUUUGGAUUCUGGAUGGGUGGCUCCAUACUCUGUAUCAUUGAACUGAUAGAGAUCCUGAUUGAUUGUCUUUGGAUCACUGUCAUCAAGGUGGUGAAGUGGUGUACAUGUUGCAGGUCACGUCGAGCUCAGAUUCACUGCUCUGACCCACCACCAACUGUGACCCAAUCAAUUGAAGACCACACCAAUGCUAGGUUCGAACCAGACCAAGUUGAAGCCCAUAUAGAAAGACCAUGUACCUUGGUAAUCCCAGGAACACCCCCUCCUCAGUAUGACUCUCUACGCAUGUACCCGAUUCCCCAGCGCAGGAUAACUUGGGAUUGUGAUGAAAAUUGAUGGAUAUUUUGCGCCACAUUCUACAGUUGGAGAAACAGGCUUAAGGAAAACCAUCGCUGCUGCCUCUGGUUAGCACAAUCCAUAGAGAUCACCUCCCCCCCCCCAAAAAAAAGCACUCACAAGCACACAGUACAAUUUGUAAAAAAGGAACUUGCACUCUUCAUGACCUCAGGAUGUCCA